AUGACAGUCACUUAUUCCAGCAAAGUAGCAAAUGCCACUUUCUUUGGAUUUCACAGAUUACUCCUAAGGUGGAAAGGCAGCAUCUACAAAUUGCUGUACAGAGAAUUUCUUGUUUUUGCUACUCUUUACACAGCGAUAAGUGUAUUAUACAGAUUUUUUCUUACAGGUAGCCAAAAACGGUUCUUUGAAAAAUUAUCAAUUUACUGUGACAAAUAUGCUGAACAAAUCCCAGUAACUUUUGUGCUUGGUUUCUAUGUAACUUUGGUGGUGAAUCGCUGGUGGAACCAGUUUGUGAACUUGCCUUGGCCAGAUCGUCUGAUGCUGCUCAUCUCCAGCUGUGUGCAGGGCAGAGAUGAGUACGGGCGCUUGCUCAGGAGGACUCUCAUGCGUUAUGUGAAUUUAACAUCUCUGCUGAUCUUUCGCUCUGUCAGCACAGCUGUGUACAAAAGGUUCCCCACCAUGGACCACGUGGUUGGAGCAGGUUUUAUGACAAAAUAUGAAAGAAAAAUUUUUGAUGAUCUUAAGUCUCCCCACCUGAAAUACUGGGUCCCAUUUGUCUGGUUUGGAAAUUUGGCAUCAAAGGCACGAAAGGAGGGAAGAAUUCGAGACAGUGUGGACCUGCAGACACUGAUGAAUGAGAUGAAUAAGUACCGAUCUUGGUGUAGCCUUUUGUUUGGUUAUGACUGGGUUGGAAUUCCACUGGUCUAUACCCAGGUUGUUACUCUCGCAGUCUAUACCUUUUUCUUUGCCUGCCUGAUAGGGCGUCAAUUUUUGGAUACUGACCAAGGGUACCAGGGACAUGACUUAGAUAUUUACAUUCCAAUCUUCACACUGCUGCAGUUCUUCUUCUAUGCAGGAUGGCUCAAGGUCGCUGAACAACUCAUUAAUCCGUUUGGAGAAGAUGAUGAUGAUUUUGAAACUAACUGGUGCAUCGAUAGAAAUUUACAGGUUUCACUUCUGGCUGUGGAUGAGAUGCACAUGAACUUGCCAAGGAUGGAGAAGGAUAUUUACUGGAAUGAUACCUCUGCCCGCCCACCCUACACAAAAGCAGCUGCUGAUUACUGUAUUCCCUCCUUUCUUGGAUCAACUAUUGAAAUGGGGCUGGCUGAUACCGAGUUUCUCUAUGGGGAAGAGUGGCCUUGGGAAGAGGAGAAACACCAGAGACAGCAUUCGGUUUUGAGAAGAGUCAAGAGGUUUCUCAGUGUCCAUGAGGGUCCUUCAUACCCCACUCACCAGCGCUACAGCCGGCAGACGAGUGAGAAUUCAGUGUUUUUCCCAGCAGAUGAAAAAGGGCACAUCAGACGGCUGCAGGAGAUGCACACAAGAGGGAGGCACUCCACCUUAAGCUUCAAGAAGAAACAUGAAGGAGUUAGCAGAAGUAACAGACUUCAUGGUAGCCGAGAGCUAGGACCCAUAACAGAAACCUCAAGGAACGAGGCACAGUUUGGUGACAGUGACACCUCAUCUGACACAGCCAGGCCAGUUCCUGAGGUCAUUGUUUCUGAAGCCCAAGAGAUUGAACGUGAUGUGCUGGACAAAUCAGACCUCCCAACAGAGCGCUCUGCAAGCAUGCCAGAAGAGAAGCUCCAAAGGAUCAUAGCUGAGGCAAAUGUGGCUCUUCUGAACCAACACUUUUUCCCCCCAGAAAUGACUCCAUACCUCUCAAGUUCAGAGGUGCAUCAGUCACUUCCUAGUGUGAUAGGAGAGCCCAAACAUGAGCCCCAGGUUAGUAACAUAGCUGGUCUCAUAACAGACCAUGAGAGAAACCUUCAGCGAUGGAGUUUACCAAGCUUCCAUAGUCCUAGUACAGCAUCAAAUGCUGAUGAUGAACCACCUUCAACAGAUUCUGGAACAACAACUUCACCCCAAAGGACAUUGAGAGAUGAAAAAAAUGGUACUUCUGCUUGUGCUCCACAAACAUUUGACAUGCAGGACUUAUGGGAAAACCUGGACAGUAAAGAAACAGCCAUAGUAGAAUUUUCUAAUGAGGAGAGUGAAAGAAAACUUUGA